AUGGCUGACAGCAACGAUAAAGACAAUGUCCUGAGCAUGAUACUUGUAAUGGGCGUGACCGGCGCUGGGAAGAGUUAUUUCAUCAACCAGCUAGCGGGACAAGACGCAGUCCAAGAAGGGCACACACUCAACGCAUGCACGCAGACCUGCCAACUUGUACCCGCUGAAGUUGGGGAUAGCAAGGUCCUACUAAUGGAUACUCCGGGAUUCGACGAUCCUGUACGAACCGAUGCAGAGAUUCUCAACGAGAUUGCAGAUGUGCUCGCAGCUCAAUACAAAUUGGGCGUCAAGUUGAAGGGCAUCGUUUAUCUUCACCGAAUCACGGACAUUCGCUAUACCGGAGCCUCUAUCAAGACCUUCGAGAUUUGCAAGAAGAUAUGCGGUAUCGAUGCGCUGAAGAAUGUCAUCCUUGCUACCACACGAUGGGAUGGCCUGAACGACGCGCUUGGUUCAGACCGGGAGCACCAGCUCCGCGAAGAAUUCUGGGCGUAUAUGUUAGGACAUGGGUCCAAGAUGAGCCGGUUCCACGGUGAUCGGGGCUCAGCCGUUAGCCUGCUUAGCCAGUUGCUAAGCAGUGAGCCUGUGGUACUUGAACUGCAGCGAGAGCUUGUUCAGGAGGGGAAGACGCUAGACCAAACAACUGCUGGGGCAUACGUAGAGCACAACUUAGAUCAGCUCAAGGCAAGAUACGAACAGCAGAUGGCGGACUUGGAGCACCUGAAGCAAGAAUUGCAGGAAAAUGACCGGAAGAUGAAGCGACAAAUUCAGAAGGACUGGGAGGCAGAUCAAGCAAGGCUAGCGGCUGUUCGUAAAGAGAAAGAGCAGUUGCAACGCCCAGUCAGCCAGGAGAUUGAUCAGCAGAUUAAGCAGAAGAAAUCGCGUACGCGAAAGGUACUUGGUUUUUUACCCACGGCAAUUGGUAUCCUCGCAGGGCUAGCGGGCAUACCAACGGGCGUCUUGCCACUCCUAGUGUCGUGGUUUCAAGACACCAACUCUGAGUUCGACAUGUCGUCUUUCACGGAUUUGUUAGCUUUUUGA